CACUUGGUACGCCGCUACGGCACAACUCAACCUCCAUCCUCAGAUCAUUUACCAAGAAAAUACAUAAAUUAUACAGUCAAACCGGACGACACAUUACAGGGCAUAGCUCUUAAAAAUGAUUGCUCGGUGUCAGCCAUUAUUCGUGCUAACAAGUUAUGGUCGAUGGAGGCUCUUCACCUGAAGACAUCUAUACGGAUACCUAUAGGAAAUGACGGUUCUCGGACAACGGGUAGCAUUAAAGAACUGCGAAGUCAACGCAGUGAGCCAUCGAAGCCUGUAGAAAAGAUAGAUGACCGCCCACAAGAAAGCAUGAGGGACAUUUUAAGUCGAAUCGAUGCCACAAUAAAAACUACGUCUACAACGGUGCGAAAACUUGAACGGGAAUCAACGUAA